AUCGCAUCUUCGUGCGCGUUCUUUCGUCAAAGUCUUUCCUAUUCUGCAGGACGGUCUUUUUUCACCAUUUCAACAUGACGGUACACUUUUUGCCUUUCUUUCUCUUUGUCGCACUGCUGCAAGAAUCAGUUCAUUCUCACCCUCCCGAAUCGACGACAAGGGACAUUGAAACGGACAUUCAGCGAUUAGACGACUUCGUCGUGAAAAAAAUACUGUCGUACUCUUCUGAAAUCAUGUCCACAGUCGACGUGAGCUCCGAGUGUACCUCUGGACUCUGAGGUUUAUCAUGGCGCUUAAAAGGCAAGAACCAUGGGCCAUCAGAAUGAUCUUUGCAAACGCUUUCAUCCCGAACAACGUGCUGGAGUACAGUGUUUCCAACCUGGGAGGCUACGAGCAAUGUUUACGAACGGUUGCACCUACGUAUGACACGUCAACAGCCCUGAGAGGACAGUACUGCACCAUGACUUUGAGAAUCACCAAACGUUAUGCGAAAAGUCUGGUGAAAAAAUUCAACGCCAUCGGUGACCUUGAGGGACGCUUCGAUUUGUAUGCUUUGCCAGACAAGAUCAGAGGAAGAGACUACGCUUUCCUGUUGGGGAUCUGUGGUCCUUCGACAUGCAGCCAGGAGGAUUUAAUGUCACUCAUCCAUGCAGGUAAACAACUGCCAUUGGCAAAAUUAUUUCGACGAUUAGUGUCGGCCAGUAUUGCGCAGUACGAGCAAUAUCAAACGUCGAGCGAAGAAACGCACUCAACGUAG